CACCAAACCCCCAGUUCUAUAAGCCUGCUACGGAGGCUAGAUGAUGAUGAUGAUAAUUUUGAUGUGUAGAUGCAGGAGGGAGUGGAUCAGAAAGUGCAGGAGACAGUGGUUCUGCAGACAGCAGGAGUUCCGGAAGUGGAGAAGACUCCGACUCUGACAACAACAGUGCCGUGUCCAGCAGCAGUCGGUCACUCAACAUGGCCAAAAUGGUGGAGGCCGUCAGGCUACGCCAGGCACAGUCGAGUGAAGUGCAGCUGUCUGGCUCCCUGAAGGUGCUGAUCUGUUCCAUCUGUCUGGGCAGUGUCAGUGAGGAGGACGAUGAGAUAGUGGAAUGUGACAACUGUGGCAACGCUGUGCACGAAGGUUGCUAUGGUGAGCAUGUGAGUGACAGCGCCUCCACCUCCAGUUCCCAGAGUUCCUCCUCCACAGAACCCUGGUUCUGUGAUGCCUGCAGGGCCGGGGUCAAACCGGUGAGACAAAAAUUAUUUGAACCUAUAGAGCUAGAAGUUCAUUUUUGGGAAUACCCAACCUAA